CCCUACUGGUUUUGUUUACAGGAAGCAAGCUCAGUGUUCUCAAAUGUCAAUCAAAUUUUAUGCGCCCAGGACAAAUCUACCGAAUUUCGCCGCCUACAUUGGACGGCACACAACCUAUCCACCAGGAUCAUCUCUUCGGAAGAAUAAUCUAUGCCGGCGUGUGGGCCUUGCCCUCUUCAGCUCGUUCAGUACCGGACUUUACUACUCAUCCUCUACAGCAGUGACGCACAAGCACAUUCAUCCAUGGCGGGAGGUACCUCGAUUUUGUGAGGGGACGGUAAAUUCUGGCCCAGUUGAGGAGCCGCCGGACAUCGACGGUGAGCAGUCAAGAAUCGACGGCAAAAAGAGGCGGAAAAAACGCCGUCAUGGAAACAAAGGAAGAGCGCCGUGGAAUAAAGGACGAAAACACAGUGAAGAAACUCGUGAGAAAAUCAGACGCAGAACAAAAGAAGCCAUGGAAGACCCCAAGAUUAGAAAGAAAAUGUCUGAAUCUGCUCGUAUUGUGAUGAGUGAUCAGACGAAAGCAAAAAUAAAAGCAGCUUACAUGAUGCGAUGGAGAAAACAGUUAAAAUGGAAAAGAUCGAGUGAGAGGUUUAUGCUAUCGUGGGCCCAGAGCAUCGCAAAAGCUGCUAAGGUGGGAAUGAGUGACGAGAAAGAACUUUAUUGGGAUAGCUACAACAAACUUAAAGAAGAAAUAGCCCUACAGAUUCACCAUACUGCCCAAGAAGCAGAUGGCAAAGCGAUUGCUCGUGUACGAGCACAAAGAGCAGCACAAGAGAAAUCGGAAAAGAUGGCAAGGCUCCCUCAGGAAAGAAGAGAGCACGAAGAAAAUGUGAAAGCUAGAGAGGGGUCAUUUAAAAAGAGGAAUCUAAAGUCAGAAGAAGAAAUAGAGAGGUUAGCAGAGUUUCGAGAGGAGAGGCUCAAAGAGAAAAUAAUGAAGAUUCAUAAGAAGCUACAAGUAAACAGUCAACAUCACGAAGCCAUUGAAGGUGAGAGCUCGUCCAACGAGCUGGAGAGCCUGAAAAAGGAGUUAGAGGACUCUCUGGUGUGCAUUAGCAAGCUUAAGGAUGUGGUUAAAAACCAGAAGGCUGAGCUCACUCAUCUGAAGGAGGAGAAGAGGGCUUCAGAGGCUGCUCAAGAAGCUCGUGAAGUCGCUAACCGUGCCAAGCUGGACAAGGUGGUUCGGAAGGUGGCCUUAGCCGAUGCCAUGAAAGAUGUCGGGCUAGACAGCGAGCCGUCUUCUUAGGAUAGCUCGUAGUGUAGGCACCUUGUAAGAGCUAACCGACAUUGCAGUACCCCCUUUUGCUGAAUGAAAACAUGUAUUGCCUUUUUACCUGCUUUCUUGUUUGUGCAAUUUACCAUGUUUAAUCGUGAACUCAACUUGUAACUUGUACGUUCAAGUGUUCAUUAAUGAAUAUUUGAUGUUUGAGGCA